AUGACUCAGUUGGGCUUCCUACUGUUUCUCAUUGUGGCCACCGAAUGGUGUAGUGCAGCUGAGGGCAAUACUGAUCCUGAGGUCCAGACCUAUCCUUCCUGGUCUUCAUUGCCCAGAAGCUGCAAGGAAAUCAAACAGAAGCAGCACAACGCCCCUGAUGGCUUGUACUUCCUCCGCACCAACAAUAGCGCCAUCUACCAGACCUUCUGUGACAUGACCACUGGGGGCGGUGGCUGGACCCUGGUGGCCAGUAUACAUGAAAACUUCAUGGCGGGGAAGUGCACAGCUGGUGAUCGCUGGUCCAGUCAGCAGGGCAACAGAGCAGACUACCCAGAGGGAGAUGGCAACUGGGCCAACUACAACACCUUUGGGUCUGCAGAGGGAGCCACAAGUGAUGACUACAAGAACCCUGGCUACUUUGAAAUCCAGGCCCAGAACCUGGGCAUCUGGCAUGUGCCCAACAAGACUCCCCUGCAGAACUGGAGGAACAGCUCCCUGCUGAGGUACCGCACCUUCACUGGAUUCUUCCAGCAUCUGGGACACAAUUUGUUUGGACUCUACCAGAGAUACCCAGUGAAAUAUGGAACAGGGAGGUGUUGGACUGACAAUGGCCCAGCGAUACCUGUGGUCUAUGAUUUUGGUGAUGCCCAGAAAACAGCAGCUUAUUACUCACCCCUUGGAAAAAAUGAAUUCACUGCAGGAUUUGUCCAGUUUAGAGUAUUUAAUAAUGAAAGAGCGGCCAAUGCCUUGUGUGCUGGAAUCAGAGUCACAGGAUGUAAUACUGAAUUUCACUGCAUUGGUGGAGGAGGAUAUUUCCCAGAGGGUAAUCCCCGGCAGUGUGGAGACUUUGCUUUUGAUUGGAAUGGAUAUGGAACUCACACUGGUUGGAGCAGCAGUCGGGAAAUAAGUGAGGCAGCUGUGCUUCUAUUCUAUCGCUGA